AUGGCCUCAACCGAGCAUGCUAUCUCCUUGCCUGAGAUACUCGAGAAUACCCUUCUCCAUCUCGACAUCAAAACCAUACUUACCUCGACGCUGCGCGUUUCCCGAGCAUGGCACGAUUUAAUAACUUACUCCCCUCGCCUUCAGAAACAUCUGUUCUUCCUGCCUGCACCGGAGUAUAAAACCCGAACCCGCAAUCCCCUGCUGGUUGAGCGCUUUCCUCUCUGGUUCCCUGAUCCAAUCUCAUCAGCCGAAACUACCUUCGUGCCAUCAUCUGACGAGCAAGAUUACAUGUGGAGACAUCGUGGUAGAUGCGAGUUUAACGAAUCCAGCUUCGAAAGUCUUCCUAUCUCCAAGGAGGAGUGUCAUGAUUCAUUUAUGUAUAAUCGCGCAAGCUGGCGUCGCAUGUUCAUCCAACAACCGCCCGUGCCACGACUUCCUUAUUUCCAUGCGCGAUAUUCCAGGGGAACGGUCCUGCGCACACUGUUUUUCACACAGGUGCCGCUUGACACACUAGAGGCGUCACCGUCUGAUACUGAGCAUAUCCCCGACUCGGAAGGUAUCCGCAUGGAUGCAUUUUAUGACAUGAUUAUGUGCAAGCAUAACAAUUUCAGGGCUGGCCGCAAUAAUGGCUGGGCUAUCAUUUGGGAUGACCCCGAUGGAAACCACUUCCUGCCGAAGCUUAUGCAAGACCGGAAACUGCCAAGCUACUUAACGUCGCAGAUGAAGGAAUCUCUAGAGGCAUAUGGCUUGUUCAUGUUUAGUGGGAACAACGUAGGAUGUAAACGCCCUCUUCACCAGUGGAUACCGGAAGAAAAGUAUCUAUUUCCAGGAAGAAAGGAUUAUGAAAUGCACCAGGUGCUUGCUAAACAGGAGAUCUUACGUUUGCAUCCAUAUCGAGAGUAG